AUAUUUUGAAAAGAGAACUUCAAUUCCCACAGUAUCACAAAUGGGGGCCGAUCCUGUGGAUCAGCUGAAGUUUGCGGAGGAUUUAAUUCAUUCAUAAGGUUUUAAUGAUGACCGAGGGAACAUGCCUUCGUAGAAGGGGGGGGCCGUACAAGACGGAGCCAGCGACAGACCUGACCCGCUGGAGGCUCAGUAACACAGAGGGCAGGCAGACAUGGCGCUAUGUAGAGGAUCAAGACACAUCAGACAGGGAGCAGACUAUGCUUGAAGCCCAUUCACUUGGUUUGGAUACGAGUAAAUUCAUCCCUGGCUCUCCCUCAGUCCACACUGCAGUGGAGUCAGCCCUGAAGGGCAUGGCAUUCUACAGCCAGCUCCAGGCAGAAGAUGGCCACUGGGCAGGAGACUACGGAGGACCCCUCUUCCUGCUACCAGGUCUCCUGAUCACCUGUCACAUAACCCAGAUCCCUCUCCCUGAGGCCUGGAAGAAGGAGAUGGUGAGAUACCUGCGCUCUGUCCAGCUGGCUGAUGGAGGCUGGGGCCUACACAUUGAAGACAAGUCCACAGUGUUUGGCACGUCCCUCAGCUACACCACCCUGAGGAUUCUGGGAGUGGGACCGGAUGACCCGGAUAUGGUUAGGGCCAGGAACAACCUGCACAGCAAAGGAGGCUCGCUUGGCAUCCCCUCCUGGGGUAAAUUCUGGUUGGCCAUCCUCAAUGUGUACAGCUGGGAAGGAAUGAACACGCUCCUCCCGGAGAUGUGGCUGUUCCCUACCUGGUUCCCUGCUCACCCAUCCACUCUCUGGUGCCACUGUCGCCAGGUCUACCUCCCUAUGAGCUACUGCUACGCUCUCAGGUUUGCUGCCAAGGAGGACCCCCUGGUGCUCAGCCUCAGACAGGAGCUGUAUGUCCAGGACUAUGCCACCAUCAACUGGCCUGGUCAGCGGAACAAUGUGGCACCAUGUGACAUGUACACACCACACAGCACGCUACUCACCGUGGCUUACAUGGUCAUGAACGUGUAUGAGGCCCACCACAGCAGUAGUCUACGAGGAAGAGCGGUCAAAGAGCUGUACGACCACAUACAGGCUGACGACCGUUUCACCAAGUGCAUCAGCAUCGGCCCAAUCUCCAAAACGAUCAACAUGCUGGUGCGCUGGCAAGUGGACGGACCCUCUUCCGCUGCCUUCCAGGAGCACGUGUCCAGGAUCCCAGACUACCUCUGGCUGGGAUUGGAUGGUAUGAAAAUGCAGGGAACCAAUGGAUCACAGCUAUGGGACACGGCUUUCGCAGCUCAGGCGUUCCUAGAAGCAGGGGCUCAGGACAGCCCCAGGUUAGAAGAGUGUCUUAAACACGCUCACCAGUUCCUCACCAUCACACAGAUACCAGACAACCCCCCAGAAUACCAGAAAUACUACAGACAGAUGAACAAGGGAGGGUUCCCCUUCAGCACGCGGGACUGUGGCUGGAUCGUGGCCGACUGCACGGCAGAGGGCCUAAAGUCAGUGAUGCUUCUGCAGGAACACUGUCCCUUCAUCAGUCAGCACGUCCCCUCAGAGCGCCUGUGUGACUCCGUCAAUGUGUUGCUAAGCAUGAGAAACGGAGACGGCGGUUUUGCCACUUAUGAGACCAAGCGAGGAGGGAGACUGUUGGAGCUACUCAACCCCUCAGAGGUGUUUGGUGACAUCAUGAUAGACUACACCUAUGUGGAGUGCACCUCAGCAGUCAUGCAGGCUCUGAGACACUUCCAGCAGGUGUACCCUGAAUACCGGACAGAGGAGAUCAGGUCCACUCUGAGAGAAGGAUUGGAGUACUGCCGGAGGGUGCAGAGGCCCGAUGGGUCAUGGGAAGGAUCCUGGGGAGUGUGCUUCACCUAUGGGGUCUGGUUCGGCUUGGAGGCCUUUGCCUGCAUGGGUCAUACCUACCAUGAUGGCGGUGGUGUGUGUAAGGAGGUGCAGAGUGCCUGUGACUUCCUGGUGGCCCACCAGAUGGAGGAUGGGGGCUGGGGUGAGGACUUUGAGUCCUGUGAGCAGCGUCGCUACGUGCAGAGUGCUAACUCCCAGAUCCACAACACCUGCUGGGCCCUGCUGGGCCUCAUGGCUGCUAGGUACCCAGAUGCACAGGUGAUUGAGAGAGGAAUACAGCUGUUGGUUGACAAGCAGCUGCCCAAUGGAGACUGGCCACAGGAAAACAUCUCGGGAGUAUUCAAUAAGAGCUGUGCCAUCAGCUACACUUCCUACAGGAACGUCUUCACCGUGUGGACGCUGGGACGCUUCUUUAACCUCUUCCCCUCCAGCCCUCUGGCCGGGAAGGUGAAGCUGUGAGAUCAGAGGUCAGCAAGGAUUGGAACAGUGCCCUUUCUAAUCUAUACAUAAAGAGCAAGGAUUGGAACAGUGCCCUUUCUAUUCUAUACAUAAAGAACGGUCGUGAACAGGGUUGGGGAGUAAUGGAUUACAUGUAAUCCGUUAAAUGUAACUGAUUCUAAAAGUAUUUUUUACCUGUAAUCCGUUACCAGCUAAAAUAUUGUAAUCAGAUUACAGAUACUUUUGAAAAACUAGAUGAUUACUUCAUUCUCAAUAACAUUCAAAUCAUCUUAAAUGUUUUCCACUUGAGAGAGUCUGACCACAAGUCAGAGACCAUUACACACCAAAUGUGUAUAAUGAUAUGCGGAAAAAGAGCAGGAAUAGGCUUUUGUAGAUUACAGUCCAAGCUAUGUCUUCCAAUGGUGUGACUGCUGUCAGCAUCAAAGAUUAUUCAUCCAAUUUGAAUAAACGCUUGGAGGUAAGGAUGACAGCAGUGUUGUAGCCUACGGGUGCUAGGAUACCACUUAUUAUUGAUAUCUAUAUAGCUCAUUGAUGUGAAUCACACUGCUGCUCAAUCUAAUUUGUGCUGAUUAAAGAAAAAUGCCCAUAGGCCUAAUGGACACACACACUUUUAAUGGACUUAAACAGCUGCAAAUGAUUGAGAUAUCAAAGUGUCUCCAACAAAAGCUUAAACAAUAGGCCUAUAGCAAAUGCAGCAUAUGGAAAUCAUUUUUCACAUGCAAAUAGCACUUUUCCAAGUCCUAUUUUGAAGACCAAGGGGUAUGAAAUCAAAUGGAAGGAUUGGAAAUCUGACAGACUUGAUUUUCAAUGUGAAGAUGUAGCCUACUCAUUUUAUUAUCUAUAUUAAAGUAGAAAGCUAUCGGUUAAAAGAAGCCUACAUAACUAUAAAGUAAAAUGCAACAUCCAUUUAUUGCCAGAACUUUGUAAACUCUAACAUUGAUUUAUCCUGCAAUAGAUGUCAUUCAAUUGGUAAUAUUCAUUUUUGUCUUCUUCUAAUGCCUCUUAACCUGUAGUGACACCCCAUCCCGUGAACGGGACCGUUGUCUUCAUCUGACACUAAUUAGCAUAACGCAACGGACAUAAAUCUUCCUAGAAAAUAUUCCUAUUCAUGAAAAUCACAAGUGAAAUAUAUUGGAACACAGCUUAGCCUUUUGUUAAUCACCCUGUCAUCUCAGAUUUUCAAAAUAUGCUUUACAGCCAACGCUAGACAAGCAUUUGUGUAAGUUUAUCAUAGCCUAGCCUUGCUAGCAGCAGGCAACCUUGUCACGGAAAUCAGAAAAGCAAUGAAAUUAAAUCAUUUACCUUUGAUGAACUUCGGACAUUUUCACUCACGAGAAUCCCAGGUAGACAGCCAAAGUUCAUUUUUUCCCAGAAGAUUAUUUUUGUAGGCGAAAUAGCUCAGUUUGUUCUUCACGUUUGGCUGAGAAAUCAAACGUUGUUUAGAAUCCAUCCUCAAGGUGUUUUUCUAAUAUCUAUUCGAUAAUAUAUCUGUCGGGACAAUUAGUUUUUCACUAGGACCGAUUGGAGUUAUGGCUACCUCUGUAUUUUACGAGAGAAUCUCUCUCGGAGCCACCAUGUGACCACUUACGCAAUGUGGCCGCCUACAGCUAUUCUUCAACAGCACCUUAGGGAAUACGUAGAAAGCGUAAGCUCGUUGAUGGUACAUUCACAGCUGAAUAGGGAGUCAUUGGAACGCAGCGCUUUCAAAACCUGGGGCACUUCCGGAUUGGAUUUUUCUCAGGCUUUCGCCUGCAACAUCAGUUCUGUUAUACUCACAGACAAUAUCUUUACAGUUUUGGAAACGUUAGAGUGUUUUCUAUCCAAAGCUGUCAAUUAUAUGCAUAUUCUAGCAUCUUUUCCUGACAAAAUAUCCCGUUUAAAACGGGAACGUUUUUUUUAUUCCAAAAAUGAAAAUACUGCCCCCUAACACCAAGAGGUUUUAAGGGGAAAGUAAUCUAAAAGUAACUUAAAGUUUAUCAGAUUACGUUACUGAGUUUGGGUCAUUCAAAUGUUAGUGAUUACAAUUGUGGACAGGUAACUAGCAACUGUAACAGAUUGCAUUUCUAAAGUAACCUCCCCAACCCUGUUCGUUAAAGUGACGUUUUUCAAGUUUUCUACUGGGUGAGUCCUGAAAAGACCACAACCUUGGGAUCACCUUACCUUGCCUGCUAUUUUAACAUUCCUCUUGCCUUACACUUUGGUGGGACUGAACUCUUUGAAACACACCUUUUAGCUGCUAUGUGAGAAAUGAGGGUGUCAUUUUGGCAUCUGUAUUAUGAAAUAAAAAUCGAGCCAGUAAAUCAAUCUGUAAAUAGUGCUGAAAUAAAAGUGUUUCCAUGUUGCCUAUUAAUAUCAACCUUAGUUUCUGAAAAUCUAUUGAUGUAAUUGAUUUGUAAUGAAAUCUUAUUUUGAAAUGCAGAAUAAAGUCAUUUUGGAUGGUU